ACAGGCAGUGGCGGUGAAACGUGUGGGAGGAGGGAGUUAGGACUCUUAACUCUUCUUAUCAACCGUCUCUCAGCAGAAGGUGACUCAUCGGGGCCACACUUCUCGACGAUCCCCAUCGUAACUGCGUCCUUCUAGCUGGUUCAAUUUCUGCUCAACCUACAAUUCAUACCGACGCAACUCCCGAUUCAGCCUUAAGCAUUCUACCGAAUUCAUAGUCUCUGGCAAAUAAUAAUGGCGUCUCUCAAUUUCUCCUGUUCUUCUCCAGUAUCUCUCUCGCGGCCUCGGGCAUGCCAACAUUUAAAAUUGUUCAAUGGGUUGCAUUCUAUUCGUGGACUUGGACUUGGAUCUGAUUUGGCAAUGGUUCGAUUAAAUUCUAGAUUCUUGCCAAGUGACAAGAGUGUUGGCAGGAUCAAGGCGACUCUGAUAUCUGGAGGAGAUGAUGUUGUUUUAAAUUCAAAUGGCAAUAAUGUUGAGAAACAACCUGAAGCAAUUGGACACGGAACAUUGGCAACUAACGCAGAGCCAACAAGCAUUGGUUUUUCUGUUGAUAAUGAUGAAUUUGAUUUGGACAGCCCCACAGAAGGUUUUGCUUCUAUCCCUGAGGCCAUUGAGGAUAUUCGCCAGGGAAAGAUGGUACUGGUUGUAGAUGAUGAGGAUAGGGAAAAUGAAGGAGACUUGAUAAUGGCUGCACAGUUGGCUACACCUGAAGCUAUGGCCUUUAUUGUCAAGCAUGGGACUGGGAUAGUUUGCGUAAGCAUGAAAGAGGAAGAUCUGGAGAGAUUGGAACUUCCUUUGAUGGUAGACAGUAAGGAUAACGAUGAGAAACUUCGUACUGCAUUUACUGUGACAGUGGAUGCUAAACGAGGUACCACCACAGGGGUAUCAGCAGCUGAUAGGGCAACAACAGUCUUGGCUCUUGCAUCCAGAGAUUCAAAACCAUCUGAUUUUAAUCGCCCAGGCCAUAUAUUUCCAUUAAAAUACCGGGAAGGUGGUGUCUUGAAGAGAGCUGGACAUACAGAAGCUUCAGUUGAUCUUGCCAUGCUUGCAGGUUUGGAACCUGUGGCAGUGCUAUGUGAAGUUGUAGAUGAUGAUGGUUCCAUGGCUAGGCUCCCAAAGCUUCGCCAGUUUGCAGUGCGUGAAAACUUGAAAAUAGUUUCUAUUGCUGACUUAAUAAGAUAUAGAAGGAAGAGAGAUAAAUUAGUAGUUCUUGCUGGUGCUGCACAAAUACCUACAAUGUGGGGGCCAUUUACAGCUCACUGUUACAGAUCACUUUUAGACGGGAUGGAACAUAUUGCGAUGGUUAAGGGUGACAUUGGGGAUGGAAAAGAUGUUCUCGUGAGGGUGCACUCUGAGUGUCUCACUGGAGAUAUAUUUGGAUCUGCCAGAUGCGAUUGUGGAAAUCAGCUUGGGCUUGCGAUGCAGCAGAUUGAGGCUGCUGGUAGGGGUAUCCUGAUAUAUCUCCGAGGACACGAAGGAAGAGGUAUUGGACUUGGCCACAAGCUCCGUGCAUAUAACUUACAGGAUGACGGGCGGGAUACUGUAGAAGCCAAUGAGGAGUUGGGGUUGCCUGUUGACUCGAGGGAAUAUGGCAUUGGUGCACAGAUGUUGAGGGACUUAGGUGUUCGAUCGAUGAAGCUGAUGACAAACAAUCCAGCAAAAUAUGUUGGGCUCAAAGGUUAUGGUUUGACAGUUUCUGGUAGGAUCCCAUUAGUAACUCUCAUCACAAAGGAAAACAGGAGGUAUUUGGAGACAAAACGUGCCAAAAUGGGCCACAUUUAUGGUUUGGAAUUCAGCAACCGGUUGAGCAGUUAUGCCACUGGCAAUGGUAAAGUCAAUGCUGAUGAUUCUAACAACGCUGUUCCCGGUUCAUGAUCGUCCUGCUUUCAGAUUUUCCAUGAGAUAGAAAGCAGAAGGGGAAGGCUCAUGCAUAAUUUGAGAAAACUUAGGUAUAAUGUUUCAGAUGUUUACCGUCAAGUUCUUCUGUGAGAACAUGAUGGGUGGAGAAUUUCAUGUGAUUUUUUUUUUUUUUUAAGAUUUAAGCAAAUGCUUGGAAAUUUUCAGUUCGAGAUAGUGAAUUCAACAGGUGAGAGAGAAACAUGAUUCUACUAAUGGCUCGAUUUUUUGAAGUUAUUUUUUCUUGGUCCUUCCUCAACCAAGCUGAACAUGUGUUUGUAUGUGAGCUUAUUGAAAUCUUUGUAUAUGUUGCGUCUUGGACUCC